AUGGUCCAAGACGAGACUCGCCACCCUGAAAUCACACAUCGCCCGGGCCUUGCUCACGGGGGUAUCGUACCCACGGUCGAGGGGCGGGACAUGCUGGAGACAAAUGAACAUCUUAUCACGUGGCAGGACGAAGCUACAGAUCCCGGGAACCCAAGAAACUGGCCGCUCGCCAGAAGGGCAAAGGCCUUGACCGCCAUGUCUCUGUUUGUCUUCAUCAGCGUCUUCUCCACCAGCAUGAUUGCUCCCAACCUGCCCGCCAUGGCCGCGGAUCUCGGAAUCGAGCAGCAGCAGCCGGCCCGCCGGCAGAUGGUUCUUUCCAUAUUUCUCCUCGGCUUCGCCUUUGGGCCGCUGAUCGCCAGCCCCCUGUCCGAGACGUACGGGCGCGUGCGGGUGGUGCGGUCUUGGAACUUGUUGUACAUUGUCUUCAACACUGCCUGCGGAGCCUCGAGAACAGCGGCGACCAUAACCGUCCUGCGGUUUCUCUCGGGGCUUUUUGCUAGUGCUACAUUAGGGAUUGGUGGCGGCACCCUCGGCGACAUGUUUAGACCGGCGGAGCGUGGGAAGGGCGUCGCGAUAUACAGCUGGUGCUCCGUACUGGGCCCGCUCUUCGGUGUGGUUGCCGGAGGGUUCAUUGCCAAGUAUUUGACUUGGCACUGGACUUUUUACCUAUCUUCCAUCCUUAGCGUCGUCGUCCAGGGACUCGGAUGCAUCUUCCUCGAGGAGACGUAUGCGCCCCUGUUGCUUCGACGGCGAAAGUGGGCACGGAUCCGAGAGACGGGCGACACGAGAUACCACACAGAUUUUGACCAUCUGGACCACGUUGGGACUCGAAUUCUUCACCAAAAUCUAAUCAGACCCUUCAAGUUACUAACGACUCAGCCCAUCAUCCAAGCGCUAGCCUUGUAUAAUGCAUAUCUGUAUGGCAACAUCUACAUCUUCUAUGCCGACUUUGUCAGCCUCUGGACAGACCGAUAUCACGAAAGCGUCCAGAUUGCCGGCCUGAAUUACGUCUCUAUUGCCAUCUCUGGGACGAUUGCCACUCUAGUCUACACAAUCUCCCUGGAUCGCAUAUACCGUCACCUGUCAACAAAACACGACGGAAACGGAAAGCCGGAAUUCCGCAUCCCCAUCAUGGCACCUGGCACCGUCCUGCUCGGCCUCGGUCUGUUUUGGUACGGUUGGAGCGCCGAGCACACGCUCCGGUGGAUCAUGCCCAAUCUUGGUUGUGCUCUAUUCGUAGCCGGCGCCAUGGUCUGCACGAGCUCGGUCAACGCAUACGUCGUGGACACGUAUGGUCAGUUUUCUGCGAGCGCGAUAGCCGCCAUAUCCAUUCUCCGAUGCUUUGCAGGAUUUAGCUUCCCAUUGUUCGCUCCACAAUUGUAA